UCUAGACUCUCUAUACAACCGGGUUUCUCAGCAAGCGGCGGAGGGAGGCAGUGCCAAAGUCAUGCACCGUCGCCACACCACCCUGCGUGAGAAGGGUCGUCGGCAGGCAGUCCGUGGGCCGGCCUACAUGUUCAAUGAGCGCGGCACCAGCCUGACCGCUGAGGAGGAGCGCUUCCUGGAUGCCGCUGAGUACGGCAACAUCCCCGUGGUGCGCAAGAUGCUGGAUGAGUCUAAGACACUCAACGUCAAUUGUGUGGACUACAUGGGCCAGAAUGCAUUGCAGUUGGCGGUGGCCAAUGAGCACCUGGAGGUGACAGAACUGCUGCUGCUAAAGGAGGGCCUGGCCCGUGUGGGUGAUGCCCUCCUCCUCGCCAUCAGCAAGGGCUAUGUACGCAUCGUGGAGGCCAUCUUGGGCCACCCGGCCUUCGCGGGGGGGCUGGAGCGCGAGCUACACAACGACGACUUCUACGCCUACGAUGAGGACGGCACACGCUUCUCGCAUGACGUGACUCCGCUGGUGCUGGCUGCGCAGUGCCAGGAGUAUGAGAUUGUGCACAUCCUGCUGGUGAGGGGUGCACGCAUCGAGAAGCCUCACGACUAUUUUUGCAAGUGCGCGGAAUGUGGUGCACGGCAGCGGCGUGACCCCUUCAGCCACUCGCGCUCCCGCAUGAAUGCUUACAAAGGCCUGGCUAGCCCUGCCUACCUCGCCCUGUCUAGUCCAGACCCCGUUCUCACCGCCCUGGAGCUCAGCAAUGAACUGGCUCGGCUUGCAAACAUCGAGACCGAGUUCAAGAAUGAUUACCGGAAGCUGUCCAUGCAGUGCAAGGACUUUGUGGUGGGGGUGCUGGAUCUGUGCCGGGACACGGAGGAGGUGGAGGCCAUACUGAAUGGGGACGUGGACCAGGCCCCCCCGGGUGAUCAUCACCGCCCCUGCCUGAGCCGUGUUAAGCUGGCCAUCAAGUACGAGGUCAAGAAGUUUGUAGCCCAUCCCAACUGCCAGCAGCAGCUUCUCACCAUCUGGUAUGAGAACCUGUCAGGGCUCCGUCAGCAGUCCAUCGGUGUGAAAUGCUGGACUGUGCUGGGAGUGACUGUGGGGCUCCCCUUUCUGGCCAUUGCUUACUGGAUCAUGCCUUGCAGCAAGCUGGGGCAGAUACUCCGCAGUCCCUUCAUGAAGUUCGUGGCCCACGCUGUGUCCUUCACUAUCUUCCUGGGCCUUCUUGUGCUCAAUGCCUCAGACCGCUUUGAGGGUAUCAAGACCCUCCCCAACGAGACCGUCACUGACCACCCCCGGCAGAUCUUCCGGGUGAAGACCACUCAGUUCUCCUGGACUGAGAUGCUCAUCAUGAAGUGGGUCCUUGGUAUGAUCUGGUCGGAGUGCAAGGAAAUCUGGGCAGACGGGCCUCGAGAAUAUGUGAUGCACCUGUGGAACGUGCUGGACUUUGGCAUGCUCUCCAUCUUCGUGGCGUCCUUCACAGCUCGUCUCAUGGCCUUCCUGAAGGCCUCGAAGGCCCAGCUAUAUGUGGACCUGCAUGUGCCCAACAAUGACCUUAGCAAUGCCUCCCUGCCAGCUGACGUGGCCUACUUCACCUACGCCAGGAACAGAUGGAGACCCUCUGAUCCUCAACUUAUAUCCGAGGGCCUCUACGCCAUUGCGGUGGUGCUCAGCUUCUCCCGCAUCGCCUACAUCCUGCCCGCCAACGAGAGCUUCGGCCCGCUGCAGAUCUCCCUGGGUCGCACCGUCAAGGACAUCUUCAAGUUCAUGGUCAUCUUCAUCCUGGUGUUUGUGGCCUUCAUGAUCGGCAUGUUCAAUCUCUACUCCUACUACCUGGGAGCCAAAUAUAACCCUGCCUUCACCACAGUGGAGGAGAGCUUUAAGACCUUGUUCUGGUCCAUCUUCGGCCUGUCUGAAGUAAUCUCGGUGGUCCUGAAGUAUGACCACAAGUUUAUUGAGAACAUUGGCUAUGUGCUCUAUGGAGUCUACAACGUGACUAUGGUGGUUGUCCUCCUCAACAUGUUGAUCGCUAUGAUCAAUAACUCCUACCAGGAGAUUGAGGAAGAUGCUGAUGUGGAGUGGAAGUUUGCCCGCUCUAAGCUGUGGCUGUCCUACUUUGACGAGGGUCGCACCCUCCCACCCCCUUUCAACCUGGUUCCCAGUCCCAAGUCCUUUUACUAUCUGGUGCUGCGGUGUAAGCAGUGUGUGGUGCACCUGUGUAAGACCAAAGCUAGGAGCCACGAUAGCGAAGUGGAGAUGGGCAUGCUUAAGUCACGCACCAAGGGUCGAUUCCGAAUGUACCCCAGAGGCAGGGAUGAAUUAACGCUGAAAAAGCCAAUUGCACACCCAACUCGAUACCAGAAAAUCAUGAAGCGGCUCAUUAAGCGUUACGUGCUGAGGGCCCAGGUGGACAGAGAGAAUGACGAAGUCAACGAAGGUGAGCUGAAGGAGAUCAAGCAAGACAUCUCCAGCCUCCGCUAUGAGCUCCUGGAGGAGAAGUCCCAGGCCACAGGGGAACUGGCCAGCCUCAUUCAGCAGCUUAGCGACAAGUUUGGGAAGGAUCCCAAGCUGCCCUGAGGCAGAAAAGCCCGGCCAGGAGUUCCUGUUAAGGAUGCACUGAAGCAGGCGGUGAAGUGGCACGAAACCCUGUUACAAGCCACAGGUUCCUUUUUACACCUUAGAAUUAAUUAUGUGGUCCACUGCACCAAAAACCCCACGUCUGUCAUUUUAGUACCUCUGUGGGAUCUUUAAACCAUACUGGUGUAUCCGUGAAGAAGGAAUCAAAGGUCCUAAUGAUCACCUGGAUUAUUAUAUUCUGCAGGACACAAGUGUAGCACAUGGAGAAGGAGGCAAAAGUUAAAGGAUGUAAUGACUUGGAGAACAAAGGUAAAAGAAGGAAUAGCCUCACAUCUGUUCUGAUUAACGGCGAACAGAGAUGGUUACUGGACUGGAUCGGACUGGCAGAGAGAAGCACCAAGGUUGCUCUAAGGACAAAUUGUUCAGCACCUCUGCUGUUGAGAGGAAGCAGUGUGCCAGCAGGGGUGUUUGUGUGUGUGAAGGUUUAAAUAGCGUUCAGGGGCUCCAUCUGUCACAAACAUCUCGCAGCUCUUAGAGCUCAACACGUUACCAUGCAGACUUUUUGUGCAGCACAUGUAUGUAGCUAUGUAGCUGCACAAGGUAUUUCACUAUUGCUUUCUGUCUGGCCUAAUUAAACCUCUGGAGGGAGAGAAAAGGUGGAGACAGCAUCACCAGCACAACAGAAGGAGAACCACUGUGACAGCUCGGCUCGGUCAAUACACCCCUUAGACAACCAGUUUGGUGUUCAGGACCUAUAAGCCUCUGACUAUAUCUUCUGAAGCAUCUCUCUGCAAAGGCUGUCUAAUUAAUUGAGCCUUUCUGACAUGCAAGACUAUCUUCACAGGUCGAUCCUUUGUCAGUCAGCGCUUUGCAAGAGCAAAUGCAGGUGACGUCUUACACAGACUACCUGGCCAAUGGGCUUUUCACCGAAUCACCAGGAAAGGGACAGACUGCCCUUAAUUGCAGGCAUGAUUGAUGCAUUUCAGUCUGCCCUGAAUGAAACAAGUUUUUUGCAUUCAGGUAAUACUUAGUUACUGACUCCAAACACUGUUUCACGAUGCCUUUGACAAUUUCUCUUUGUUGCGUUAAAAAAGAAAAAAUCUGUGGGUGACAUCUUUACAAAUAGCAAAUCUUUGUUAAAAAAAAGCUGUUUGUAAAUUAAAAGAAUUAAAUAGAACUGCCUAAUCUCAUAGCAAAGUGGAUAGACAUUAUAAAUACACUACUGUAUUUUUCAAUAGGGGAAAAUAUUUUAAAAACUUGUAUAUUGUAUUUUCAGCAUUAAAUUAAUCAAUAUAAAACUGAGCCAUAGUGCGAUUUCAAAAUAUUAUGCGUGUCAAAUCUUAUUGUCUUUGAUUAAAGGCCUUGGUCUUA